AUGCCAUUCCCAAAUCUCCCCAACGAGAUCCUCCAAGCCAUCGCCUCAAAGCUCGAUGAGUUCUCCCUCAAAUCACUCCUAGAGUGCUGCCCGCACCUCACAGCUCUGAUGCCUCUGCUGGACGCGGCCAUCCUAGAGUCUCAGAAGCACCCAAAUCGCCGUAUCUCCGCCCUUCACUGGGCUGCAGAAAAGGGCUUUCGUAAGCUCGCUUCAAUUCUUCUCGCCAACGGUACCUCUAUCAACGUGCGCGACGGCUGUAACCAGACACCGCUUCACCAUGCUGUCCUCGGCGACAAUGAGCUUAUGGCCCAAUUCCUCCUCUCGCACCCAGACAUCGAUAUCAGCGCACACGACGACGCCUGGCAGACGGCAUUUCACUGCGCAGCCCUCAGUGGCCGCGUAGGCAUGGUAAUGAUCUUUCUAGACCACGGGGUCGAGAUCAACCAGGGUACAUAUCAGGCCAAGCAGACGGCACUGCACUUUGCCGUGCAAUUCGGCAAUCUUGCUGUCGCCGAACUACUACUGCGGAGGGGUGCCGACAUCGACCGGCGGUGCGAGCGAGGGAAGACGGCGCUGCAUUGGGCAGCACAAGGAAACCAUGUCUUCAAUCGUGAUCUGGUGCCGGGGAUCAGCCUUUUGAUCGAGAAUGGUGCUGAUGUGACAGUCCAAGACCAGAUGGGGAACACAGCACUACAUGUGCUGGCUCAGUGUUAUCUCGAAGGCGCGUUCGAUGCAAUAACACUUUUGCUGGAGCAUGGCGCUGGUAUCGAUGUGCAGAACAAAAAAGGGAAGACAGCACUACAUGUGGCAGCGUUGGACGAUUCUGGCAGGGAUUCGCCAGAUGUGCUGAAUCUUUUGUUAGACGAAGGCGCAGAUAUCGGAAUUAAGGAUUCCAGAGGGCUGACGGCGCUGGAAACAGCGGUAAAGAGGGGUUUUAGGUUUACGAGGCGAAAUAGAAACGAGUGCGAGAUUGGGUUUCGGGGGAGCAUUUUCCCAAUGUAA